AUGACAAAGACCGGGACUUCGACCCAACGAACGAUCCUACGGGAACCCCAAGAUUGGGAUAAGUGGGUCAAAGAACUAAAAGCUCAUAGCGCGAGAUGGAAGAAGCGCGGACGAGGGGAAUUCAGGCAAGCACUAGUGCGAUGGACGGGCUACGCAGAACCGACUUGGGAGCCACUUGAGUGGUUGCAAGGAACAAUUGCGAUGAAGGCAUUCGAGGACAAGUACGGGCCAAUCAAGACCAAUGAUGGCCCUAGGGAGAGGUACGAGACGCUGGCAGGAAAGCAAGAACCCCGCAGACGCCGACCUGCUUGGUGGACCCGGUUGUACCGGGUCCGGUGGGUCGUGCUCGGGUGGCAGCACCGGCCCCGCUCCGCGGACCCGGAAGCUGCGAGAACAUUCUGUGAAUCUCGCGAAGAUGAGAGCAAAAGUGGGCAUAGAAGUGGAUAA